AUGUCUUCCGAAGAGUCUGAGAAAACCCAAGUUGUCGACUCCUCCACUGAGGAUCAACGGAAUUCCCAAGAAUUGGAACGUAACUUCAGUCUGCUGAGUAUUUGUGCCGUCGCCGUUACUACUGGAAACACAUGGAUUGCCCAAGGAGGCAGUGUGGUACUCGCUCUGUAUAAUGGAGGCCUUGCAGGCGUCAUUUAUGAAUUUAUUGCUGUCUCUCUCUGCUACUGGUUGGUCGCUGCCUCCAUCGCUGAGUUGGCGUCUGGCAUGCCCUCUUCUAGCGGUGUCUAUCACUGGGCUUCCGUCACUGCAGGAAAAUACGGUCGAGUUUGCGGGUUUUUUGCUGGUUGGUGGAAUUGUCUUGCUUGGAUCCUUGGUGCCGCCUCAAUGUCUGCAAUUCUCGGUCAGCAAACUGUCGCCAUGUACGGUCUCAUGCAUCCGCUGUUCGAAAUGCAAGCAUGGCAUGUCUUCAUCAGCUUCGUCAUUUGCACAUGGCUGUGCUGCUCCAUUGUCCUGUUCAUGAACCGCUAUCUCCCCCACAUCGGUAACCUGGGACUGGUCCUCAUUCUGGCCGGUGUGCUCAUCAUAAUCAUCAUUUGCGCUGUGAUGCCCCAUGUCAACGGUAUGCCCUAUGCUACCGAUGAGGAGGUGUGGCGCACCUGGACCAACUCCACCGGAUACUCCAGUAACGGUUUUGUUUUCGUUGCUGGUAUGCUCAAUGGUGCUUACAGUGUCGGCACUCCUGACUGCUCGUCCCAUCUUGCCGAAGAAAUUCCCCAGCCCAGCAAGAACAUCCCCAAGGCUGUCCUGGCUCAAAUGAGUGUCGGAUUUAUUACCGGUAUCCUGUACAUGAUUGCCAUCUUCUAUGCCAUCAACGAUCUCGAUACCGUCAUGAGCAGCAGCUUCCCUCUUGCUGAAAUCUACCGCCAGGCAACCGGCACCCCCGGUGGUGGCCUCGGACUGCUGAUCGUCACUUUCCUACCCACCGUUAUUACUUGCGCUGGCUGCUAUAUCACGGCUGGUCGUACACUCUGGACGCUUGCUCGUGAUCGUGCUACCCCUUUCCCCAAUUGGGUUGGACACAUCAACACCAACAUGCACAACCCCUUUAAUGCAACCCUAGUCUGUGGUGUUCUCAUCACCAUCCUUGCUUGCAUCUACGUCGGCUCCACCACUGCUUUUAACGCAUUCGUCGGCUGUUUCGUGCAGCUCUCCUCUCUUUCCUACUUUGCUGCUAUCUUCCCACAUCUCCUGACUCGCCGUUCAUCCUUUACCCGCGGUUACUUCUGGAUGGGCAACAUUGGUUAUGCUAUCAACAUUCUGAGCUGCAUUUACAUCGUGGCCUUCGUUGUUAUCUUCUGUUUCCCCGUCGCCCUACCUACUGACGCCGCCUCUAUGAACUACGCCAGCCUGCUUACUGGUGGUUUUACAGUCUUCGUGGGCAUCUGGUGGCUGUUCCGAAUGAAGACCUAUGAAGGUCCCAUUAACGUCCCCUUUACCGACAGGACUUUGGUGGACGAGGCCUUAUAGAUGAUUUCUUGGGGUAUGCGGGGAUGGGAUGUAUGAAUAUUAAUGAACCAGACGCUAUAUAUUGGGGUUGCGCUAUAUUAUCGCUAGUAUG